GCAGGUGACCGCGGGGCCUGUGACAGUGAGCUGAGGUUUAUGCGUCACUGCCAAUUCCAGCGCCAGCAAAUUCCCAAUUCACAAUGCCGAGCUCGAGCUCGAAUUCGCAGCAGAUUUGAGGUUGUGCACGGACAGCGCAGGGAGGCCUGACCAUGGCGAGUGGCCGGAAUGCGUAGAGCUCCGGGGCGGAAUACUUCUCGACAUGGAUCGUUGCUGCAUUUUUGCAUCAGUUUCUGCUCCUACCUGUCAAUUCCGCGGAGUCGGUAGUGGAACUCGAUUGCUUCGGCUGUCUGGAAAGUCUCGAGGGUUGCGCUCGUGGAGGCCGAGUGAAAGCGGUUGGAAAUUUGGCCUGAAUUCCGCGCUUCCAGUUGGUCGAAGUUGGAGGAUAGCACCUUCGAGUUCCGACUAUGUCCGACGGAUUUCGACUGUCAGAUGUGCUACGAAAGAGCCCGAGACCAGAGAUGAGCGGCAGAAGGAGUCUGCCCAAAGCUCAGGGAGUUCCAGAGCUGCUGGAAGUAAAAAGGUGGAUCCUGUAGGAAUUUUGAAGGGACUGGACCCGCUGAUUGCUAAGCCACUGGCUAUUUUCCUUCGUGAAAGGUACAGGACCUACAAGGUUUUGAAGGAAAAAAUAUCGGAAGACGACGAUGGGUUAGCGGAGUUUGCUUUAGGCUAUGAAGUUAUGGGACUAAAACGUCAUCCUCGGCAUGGAGUUGAGUUUUAUGAAUGGGCUCCUGCCGCGCAUUUCUGUUCUCUCGUCGGAGACUUCAACGAUUGGGUCCAUCGGGCGAAUUGCGCUGGAGAAUAUUACUUGGGGCGGGAUGACUUUGGUCACUGGCGUAUAUUUGUGGAAGAUAACCUUAGGGAAGGAGAGGAGGAAUCAGAAGAUGAUGAAACACAAGAGUAUAACUACAUGGUUGAUUUUGAUAAGGGAGACGAGGACCAAGGUAUGGACGAAGUUUUUGCUCGAUCUAAUAAUGAGUACUGGGAGCCUGGAGAAGAGAUGCCGAACGAUCUUGAGGCUCUUGCCAUGGACAUUUGGAACGAGAUAAAUAAAAGGAAACAGGGUGGGAUGCAAGAAGAACAAGAGGAACAAGAAGAGGAGGACGAGGAAGACUAUGACGAUGAUCGGGAUGAAGAUGAUGACACUGAAUCGCUGUCAGAGGAUGACGAAGAUGAUGAUCCAGAAGCUUUAAUGAAACGUUUUGGAGACUCUGCGGAAGAUUUGGACGCUGUCCAGGAAGCAGGAACAGUUGACGAAGAAGAGCCGGAUUUUGUAUAUUCUAACUCUAAACAGACUAGAAAAAAGAAUCGGUCUCAUCACGUUGACGACGCUAGAGAAAGGUAUGAAAAGUGGAAGGCUAGCGAUGAGUAUGUAGACAAUGGAUUACCACCUGUAGAUAUAAUCGACGAGGGAGUUUCACCAGGAGAGCUAACUGUGGUCGAAGACCCUGUAUGGGAAAAGAGAGUUGAUGAAAAAACACCUCCUUUUCCGUACUGGGAGUUGAUCGUGAAGGGAAGGAAAGCUUGGGAGAAACGGUACUCACCUGGCAUACCUCAUCUGGGGCGUUAUCGUGUGUAUCUGCAUACACCAGAUGGUCCUAUGGAGCGCGUUUCUGCCUGGGCAAACUACGUUCUACCUGAUAAGGAAGGUGGGACGUACAGUGGAGUUUUCUGGGAUCCACCACCAGAGGUCAGACAUAAGUGGUGCAAUCAAAGGCCUGCAAGACCUUCAACCCUCCGAAUAUAUGAAUGUCAUGUUGGAAUCAGUGGUGGGGAUCCUCGGGUUGCGACAUAUGCUGAUUUUAUCUCUAAGGUCCUUCCUCAUGUUAAAGAAUCCGGGUAUAAUGCAAUUCAGCUUAUCGGAAUUCAAGAACAUGCUGAGUACUCCAGUGUCGGAUAUAAGGUGACAAAUAUGUUUGCAACAAGUAGCCGAUUCGGCACGCCAGAAGACUUCAAGCGCCUAGUGGACUCUGCCCAUGGAUUAGGAUUGCUUGUAUUUAUGGACAUUGUUCAUUCGCAUGCUGCACCAAACGAAAUGAAUGGAUUAGCAGCUUUUGAUGGCUCAGCUGAUUGUUACUUCUUCCCUGGGAAGAGAGGCACUCACAAGCGUUGGGGCACUCGAAUGUUCAGAUACGGGGAUUAUGAAGUUCUUAGAUAUCUACUGUCAAAUUUGAAAUGGUGGGUCGAAGAGUAUCAAGUCGACGGUUUCCACUUUCACUCCGUGAAUUCGAUGCUCUACACUCAUAAUGGUCUAUCAGACUUCUCCAACGGUGUACAAGACUUUUGUAAUCAGUACGUUGACAAGGACGCUCAGAUCUACCUAAUGCUGGCCAAUGAGAUGCUGCAUCAGCUAAAUCCUAAUAUAGUCACCAUCGCAGAAGAUGUGACUGUGUAUCCUGGGCUCUGUGAACCUAUCAAUCAAGGUGGCCUGGGGUUUGACUACAGCGUCAACAUUUUACCCUCUGAACUGUGGCCACAUAUUAUUGCAAAUGUCCCCGAUGAAGAAUGGAGCAUGACUCAGAUUGUCAAAGCUUUGAAAGCUGAUCCAAGAAGUUUGAACAAAACACUUAUCUACACAGAAAAUCACAAUCAGUCCGUCGUUGGCGGUAAAUCUCUUGCAGAGUUGCUGCUUUAUGGUGCCAUGAGUAAGAAGGAGAAGCUAUCGAAGGACAGCUCCCCGUGGAGUCGUGGGUUUGCGCUGCUGAAGAUGAUCAAGCUGAUCACUUUGACACUCGGAGGAAGUGCAUAUCUCACGUUUAUGGGCAACGAAUUUGGUCAUCCUGAGUUUGUAGAGUUUCCAAGAUCCUCCAAUCGUUAUUCAUAUGAACGUGCUCGACGGCAGUGGGAUCUUUUGGAGGAUAAUGGUCCCCAUAGUCAACUCGCCUGCUUUGAUAGGGCACUGAUGAAGCUGGAUGAGACCGAAAUUAUACAAGCUAGCGGACCCGUGACUCUUUGUCACGUGGACGACGCCACGAAGGUCAUAACUUACAAGCGUGGAACAUUACUUUUUGCAUUCAACUUUCAUCACAAAAAUUUCUACGAAGUAUACAGAGUGGGAGUACCGGAGGCCGGUGAAUUUAAGAGAAUUUUAGACACAGACUUGAAGGAGUUCGGAGGUACUGAUCAGUUAGAAACUGAGCCAUCAGUGUUGAGUACUUCUCGGGGAAGGUUGGAUAAAUUUGACAAUAAUUUGGCUUUGCAGUUACCUCCACGAACAGCUCAAGUGUACAGAUUAGGUCGUAUAUGGGAGUAAGGAAUUAAAGUAGAGGAUAGCAAUUUUGUAGAGGCCUUUUUUUUGUAGAAGCUUAGAGACCUUUCGCUUCCUACUAGCUCUCUUAUAAGUGCCAAGUACGGUCCAAUGUAGUACAGACGUACGUGCAGGAACAAGGUCGCAGUCAAGCUACUUUCCUACCUACAGUACGGUAGCUUACUUAAUGUACUCGUUCUCUUUCAUGGAGUAAAUGCUCAGGGACGUUCCGUUGCUCCUGUAGGCUAACAUGAGGCUAGAUCGCCUCGAUGCCAAACAUGUUCACACGACGCACACACAGCAGGAAUAUUACAAGGAU